AACAAUCUAAUCUUAUUUUCCAGUAUUUUGCAAAAUACUUGUUGUGCUCGUUCACACAACGGAUAAAACCCGAGAAGAUUUUAAUUCGUCCAACUUGAACGAAAUGACUGAACUACCCUUCGAAUUAACUUGAUUAAAUGCUGAAAAUCAGGGUUCUUUGGCUUCAAUAAAUCGGUUCCAAGUAUUGAGAUUCUUUUUUUUCGUCUGUGUUCUCCAUUUCAACUGCUGGAGAGAAAGAGCCAAAGCCAACCAAAGAAGAAGAAGAGAAAGAGAAAAUAAGAAUGAGAAAGUGUGAGCUGUGCGAAUGUUUACCGAGAAUGUACUGUGAAUCGGACCAAGCUUACCUGUGCUGGGAAUGCGAUGAGAAGGUUCACCGCGCGAAUUUUCUUGUGGCCAAACACUCGAGGAGUCUCUUGUGUCAUGUCUGUCAGUCUCUCACGCCGUGGAAAGCCUCCGGCCCGAAGCUGGGCCCGACGGUAUCCGUGUGCGAUGCGUGCGUCACUUCUGCUCACUGUGAAGUUCAUGAUACUGAACUUGUUAAACGUGAGAAUAAUCAAAGUGAAAGAACAAGCGGCGAUGAUGAUCUUGAUGAGGAUGAUUAUGAUGAUGAUGAGGAGGACGGCGACGAGGAGGAGGAGGAGGAAUAUGAUGAUAUCGAGGUGGAUUAUGACGAGGAGGAAGAUGAUGAAAAUCAAGUGGUUCCGUGGUCAGGCGAUUCACAGUAUCCUCCUCCUCCUCCUGUAGUGAGUUCUUCAUGUAGUAGUAGCUGUCAAGAAGAUCAGGUUUCAUUGAAACGAGGUCGCGGAUUCGGUGAAUUUUACUCUGAUGAUGAAAUCGGUUGUUCGACUUCUCAACCGUGCUCUAGAGCCGCCGCUAACGAGGAAGCAAACUAUUCUCCGAGCUCAUUUAGACCGUUGAAACAAGCAAGAAAAACAGGUGAGGAAGAUCGUGGUCAAGCAGAUUCAAGAUCAACGGCUGUUGUUAGUUCUCUCCACAGACUCCAAAAACAGAUGAUUACUAACGACCGGGACGCCUCCGCCACAAUUAUUGGGAUCCAUCAACUCAGCAGAGAUGAGAACCAAUGAUUUCUCUUCCACUAACCUUACAUUUUGAGGUAUCUUGUUCUUUAGUUAUUACUAAUCAAUGUUAAAACUCUGUACCCUUAGUUAACUCUGUGUAGAUCAAUGGGGCCUAUUUAUUGUUUAUUGUCUAUUUUUUCUUAAAAAAAAUGUUGUUAUCAUAUUGUUCCUUCAAAUGGUACAUUUGUGUACUUAUUGUGCAUGUAAUUUUUUUCUAUUGUUAAUUGGUGUCUUUAAGGAUAUAA